UGGCGCUGAGGGGCCGUGAGGCGGCGGCGGGGCCGGGAGAGGCGGCAGCAUGAGCGGCGAUGGCGGCGGGGCCCGGGCGGCGGCCGAGCGCCAGGAGUUCGCCGCCUUCUUCCCGCAGAUCGUCCGCGACCUGACGGAGGACAUGCUGGGACACGCGGAGGUGGGAGACGCCGUGGCGCGGGUGAAGCAGGUGCUGGAGUACAACGCUCCGGGCGGGAAGUGCAACCGGGGGCUGACGGUGGUGGCCGCGUUCCGGCGGCUGGCGGGCCCCGAGCAGCAGGACCCGGAGAGCCUCCGCCGAGCGCUGGCCGUGGGCUGGUGCAUCGAGCUGUUCCAGGCCUUUUUCCUGGUGGCCGACGACAUCAUGGACGCAUCGCUGACCCGCCGGGGGCAGCUCUGCUGGUACAAGAAGGAGGGCAUCGGGCUGGACGCCGUCAAUGACUCUUUCCUGCUGGAGUCCUCGGUGUACCGGCUGCUCCGGAGGUACUGCGGGCAGCAGCCCUACUACCUGCACCUGCUGGAGCUCUUCCUGCAGACAGGCUACCAGACCGAGCUGGGGCAGACUCUGGACCUCAUCACUGCUCCCGUUUCCCAGGUGGACCUGAGCAGGUUCAGCGAGGAGCGGUACAAGGCCAUUGUGAAGUACAAGACAGCGUUCUACUCCUUCUACCUGCCCGUGGCUGCAGCCAUGUACAUGGCAGGCAUUGAUGGCAAGGAGGAGCACGAGGACGCCAAAGCCAUCCUGCUGGAGAUGGGAGAGUUCUUCCAGAUCCAGGACGAUUUCCUGGACUGCUACGGGGACCCAGCUGUGACAGGGAAGGUUGGCACUGACAUCCAGGACAACAAGUGCAGCUGGCUGGUGGUGCAGUGUCUGCGCAGGGCCACGCCGGAGCAGAGGCACAUCCUGCAGGAGAAUUACGGCUGCAAGGAGCCCCAGAAGGUGGCGAAGGUGAAGGAGCUCUACGAUGCGCUGGGCAUGCCCGCGGCGUUCCGGGACUACGAGGAGAGCAGCUACCGGCGCCUGCAGGAGCUGAUCGGCAAGCACGCCCGGCGCCUGCCCAGGGACAUCUUCCUGGACCUGGCCCAGAAGAUCUACAAGCGGCAGAAGUGAUGGAGGGGCCGGGCAGGGGCUGGAGCUGCUCCCUGCCCUGGACAAGGCGCGAUGGGAUGGUCGUGGGGGUGGGUUCAGCCAUCUCCCCCCCCGGCCGUGUGUCAAUAAACAUAAAUUAUUGUA